GCCAAGCAGUGCAGAGGAGAAGAAGGAGGAAGAAGAAGAGGAGGAUCCAGCUGUUCUACGAUGGCCAUCAGAACUUCGCACAGGAGCUGGCCGUCAUUGUGGACCAAGAAGCCACGGCCGUCUCCCCUUCAGACCGGCUCAUGAACAUAAUCACCAUUGGACUGCAGCACGAACAUGAUCUUGGACGUGACCCUGAUGCAGUGGAGGUCCAUCCAGAUGCUGUGGUUGGUCACCCAGUCAUCCGCACGCUGUAUGACCACCUGGAUGAGAUCACUUGCCUUGAGUUCCACCCGAGGGAGCAAAUCCUGAUAUCUGGCAGCCGGGACACCAAUAUCAAAAUGUUUGACUUUAGUAAGACAUCCGCCAAGAAGGCCUGCAAGACUCUUAACGGACGCAGAACAGGUGACCAGUAUGUCCAUCCACCCCAGUGGAGACUUCUUGGCCGUCACCACCGAGGGGCCAGUGGUGAGGUUUUACGACAUCAACACGUGCCAGUGCUACGUGUGUCCCUACCCCCGGGAGCACCAUGCUGGGCCCCUCACCAGCGUGCGCUACUCUGCCGACGCCCGUGUGUGUGCCAGCGCCUCCAAGGACGGGGACAUCAAAAUCUGGGAUAGGGUGUCGGGCCGCUGUGUGCAAACCUUCACCAAGUGCCACGACGGGGCUGAGGUCUGCUCCGUGCUCUACUCUCGGAAUGGCAAGUACAUCCUGUCGUCGGGUCUGGACAGCAUUGUCAAGUUGUGGGAGCUGUCAACAGGCCGAUGCCUCAUUGCCUACACUGAUGCCAGCUCAGUGGGCCGGCAGGAGCACAGCGCACACGCCAUGUUCAGCCACACCGAAGACUUUGUCAUGUUCCCGGACGAGGCCACCACCUCCCUCUGUGCCUGGGACGCUCGCAACGCCCAGAGGAAGAACCUGCUGUCCCUCGGUCACAAUGGCCCUGUGCGACACAUGGUCCACUCACCCUGCUCGCCGGCCUUCAUCACCUGCUCAGAUGACUACCGGGCAAGGUUCUGGUACCGCAGGAAUGUCCACUGAAACCCUUCAACAAGACUUUGCUGAGGGUCAAGGGAAGGGCCUUUUAUCCAAUUUUUGUUUUAUAACAAUACAGUUGGGUGUUUCAGUUUGUACGCACCUUGUAAUUAGUACUCAUGUCAAGAAUAAAGGUACCUUGGAAAAGUAAGCGGAAUUAAAAAUAGGAAUCUUUCUUAUGCUUGUCUAGUGAAAAAUAAAAAGAAGACGAAGAGAGAGAAUGUUAUGAGCUAUGAUUAAGUAUCUGGAGGUGUGAGACCUUCAAUUCUUUCUUUAAUUCCUACUAGAUAUAUUAUUAAGUCCGUCUUAGAAAAUUAAGUAAGAAGUCAAGAUAAAAGAUACAGGUAAGGAUGAGAGAGACAUAUCCUCCACAGGAAUAAGUCAAAAUAUAUUAGUUCCCCAUGUUUAAAAAGAGAGAGAGAGAGAGAGAGAGAGUGUGUGUGUGUGUGUGUGAGAGAGAGAGAGAGAGAGAGAUUUACAUAGAAAAUCAAACCACACAGACCCCAUGGUCCAGACUAGGUGGUCUGUCCUUAAACUUAAAUGAUUCUACAUUAAUCAGAAGGCUCCAAAACGAAGAGUAACAUUGAAUUGAAUUGAAUUAUUUAUUGUUGUAAAAUACAACAAAGGGGAAUGGCUGGGCUUGCAGACAAAGCCCUGACUAUAUAGGCUAGUUACAAAAAAUAAAAAUCUCCAUUGUACAAAAAUAAAACAUGUUGAGGUUAGUUAAAAGAAAUUAGAAUGUAAAUACUGAUAAUAUUCCUGAGGAGGUACACAUGCAAUUACCAACCUGCACAUGAGUCAAAACACUAUCACCUGUAAGCAUAAUUGCAUCAGUAGAGUCAAGAAGCGCCUCCCAUCUAAUACCAUUCACAUUUGAGGUCUGAUGGCAACCAAGUUCUUUACAUCUAGCAUUGAGAUCACCCAUGAGUACAGUCUUUUCUUCCAAAAUACGGUCAGGGAGAUGUUGAACAUGGAAAGCACCUGAGUGAAUAUAUGAAUUAGCAAAGAAAAUUUGAUCAUUAGGGAUGUGCAAAGUAACAAUGAUAAAUUCAACACCUUGACGAGAACCCUUUUCCCCUCAUACGUUUUACAAGGCCUACAUAGGGGUCAUGGGCCUUUCCUAGGGUAGUUUUAUUUUAUUUCUCUUACAUAAACGUGAAAAAACACUUCUUAGGCGCAUUUGACCUCAUUUCUUGUCCUGUAGACAUAACUGAUAUGAGAAUCGUAGGCGUUUUUCAAGAAUGCCGACCCAGACAUUAUGAAAAAAGGCAAAAUUGUGCCCGAUCAGGUAUUUUUGGCCAAAGUGAAUUGAUUUAGGCCAAACGCUUGACAAAAAGCCAAAAUUGAGGUUUCAUUUAGCCUCAAAAAGGUCAACUCGGUGGUUGGCUCUAGAAUAUUCGUGUAUUUUAAAUGUCCUUUAGCUUUACGGUUAUGAGCUAUAUUAUUGUAUUUUUAUAGUCAUUAAUUUAUAGUUCGUCCGUACGUAAGAUCAUUAAUAUAUUUGGGGGAGGCACUAUGGUAAAUUUGGCGGGGUCAGACCGUCGGUUCUUUCCUGGAAUAUUCGUGUAUUUAAAAUGUCCUUUAGCUUUACGGUUAUGAGCUCAAUUAUUGUAUUUUUAUGGUCAUUAAUUCAUAGUUCGUCCGUGCGUAAGAUCAUUAAUACGCUUGGGGGAGGCACUAUGGUAAAUUUGGCGGGGUCAGCGCGUCGGUUCUUUCCUGGAAUAUUCGUGUAUUUAAAAUGUCCUUCAGCUUUACGGUAAUGAGCUCUAUUAUUGUAUUUUUAUAGUCAUUAAUUCAUAGUUCGUCCGUGCGUAAGAUCAUUAAUACGCUUGGGGGAGGCACUAUGGUAAAUUUGGCGGGGUCAGCGCGUCGGUUCUUUCCUGGAAUAUUCGUGUAUUUAAAAUGUCCUUCAGCUUUACGGUAAUGAGCUCUAUUAUUGUAUUUUUAUAGUCAUUAAUUCAUAGUUCGUCCGUGCGUAAGAUCAUUAAUACGCUUGGGGGAGGCACUAUGGUAAAUUUGGCGGGGUCAGCGCGUUGGUUCUUCUCUAAAAUGAACGAAUAUUCUAAAUGUCCUUUAGCUUUACGGUUAUGAGCUAUAUUAUUGUAUUUUUAUAGUCAUUAAUUCAUAGUUCGUCCGUGCGUAAGAUCAUUAAUACACUUGGGGGAGGCACUAUGGUAAAUUUGGCGGGGUCAGCGCGUUGGUUCUUCUCUGAAAUAUUCGUGUAUUUUAAAUGUCCUUCAGCUUUACGGUUAUGAGCUAUAUCAUUGUGUUUUUAUAGUCAUUAAUUCAUAGUUCGUCCCUGCGUAAGAUCAUUAAUACGCUUGGGGGAGGCACUAUGGUAAAUUUGGCGGGGUCAGCGCGUCGGUUCUUUCCUGGAAUAUUCGUGUAUUUAAAAUGUCCUUCAGCUUUACGGUUAUGAGCUAUAUUAUUGUAUUUUUAUAGUCAUUAAUUCAUAGUUCGUCCGUGCGUAAGACCAUUAAUACGCUUGGGGGAGGCACUAUGGUAAAUUUGGCGGGGUCAGCGCGUUGGUUCUUCUCUGAAAUAUUCGUGUAUUUAAAAUGUCCUUCAGCUUUACGGUUAUGAGCUAUAUCAUUGUGUUUUUAUAGUCAUUAAUUCAUAGUUCGUCCCUGCGUAAGACCAUUAAUACGCUUGGGGGAGGCACUAUGGUAAAUUUGGCGGGGUCAGCGCGUCGGUUCUUUCCUGGAAUAUUCGUGUAUUUAAAAUGUCCUUCAGCUUUACGGUUAUGAGCUCUAUUAUUGUGUUUUUAUAGUCAUUAAUUCAUAGUUCGUCCCUGCGUAAGACCAUUAAUAAGCGUGUUUGAGAUACAAAUUUUGGCGGGGGUGCGAGUUGGCGCCAUUCCCGGUUGGUUCUUCUCUGGAAUAUUCGUGUAUUUCAAGUGUCCUUUAGCUUUACGGUUAUGAGCUAUAUUAUUGUGUUUUUAUAGUCAUUAAUUCAUAGUUCGUCCCUGCGUAAGAUCAUUAAUACACUUGGGGGAGGCACUAUGGUAAAUUUGGCGGGGUCAGCGCGUCGGUUCUUUCCUGGAAUAUUCGUGUAUUUAAAAUGUCCUUUAGCUUUACGGUAAUGAGCUCUAUUAUUGUAUUUUUAUAGUCAUUAAUUCAUAGUUCGUCCCUGCGUAAGACCAUUAAUAAGCGUGUUUGAGAUACUAAGCUUGGCGGGGAAGCGAGCCUUGGCGCCAUUCCCGGGCCGACCUCCAUUCCGAGCAGACGCACGGCAAGACGCUCCUCACGAUGGCGCCAAAUAUUCACGAUUAUAACGCCGCAGCCCGGUUAUUAGGCAAUAGCACUACUUAAUUAAGUUGCCCUGACACAACAUGUAAGGGGCAGAAACAGAAGAUUACAACACCCAAUACCUACCACGACAUGCUACUGCACACAAUACUAGCACAGCCAUACCAAGAAAACAAGGUGGACAUUUUAGAACUAUUGUUAUGUAAAGAAGCAAUAAGACUGUGAAGUCAAGAAAGACCUGAUCAGAAGAAUGGGGAAGAAGAGAAGAAAAGAAAACUGACCUCUUUUACAAUACACAGGUUACUGGACCCCUCCCUUUUACACAGACUACUACUACUACUGCUACUACUACUACUACUACUACUACUACUACUACUACCAUAUUGCAGCUUUAAUCAAGAAACUUGAAACAUGCAUAAACAGAAGGAAGGAAAUUAAAUAUAUGCAAGAAUUUUGGAAGAAUCGCUUAAAAUCUGAGAAGAGACGGCAGCACUCAACCAGGCACAAGAAAAUCAAGAAGUGGAGGCUCCGAACUGCACUGAACUGAACUGUAAACUUUAUCAGAAGGGAGGAUAUUAAAUAUACUCAAGAAUUUUAGAAGAAUCGCUUAAAAAUCAGAGAAGAGAAGGCAGCACAACCAAGCACAAGAAGACCAUUUAGAGGGGCAAAGGCAACCCUCCAAACAGAACUGGAAACAAACAGAAGGGAGGAAAUUAAAUAUACUCAAGACUUUUGGAAGAAUCGCUUAAAAAUCAGAGAAGAGAAGGCAGCACAACCAAGCACAAGAAGACCAUUUAGAGGGGCAAAGGCAACCCUCCAAACAGAACUGGAAACAAACAGAAGGGAGGAAAUUAAAUAUACUCAAGACUUUUGGAAGAAUCGCUUAAAAUUCAGCCAGGCACAAGAAGACCAUUUAGAGGGUCCGCUGCAAAGGCACUCCCUCCGAACUACACUGCACUGAACUGACCUGGUUACGGCGCCUGUACAAGUGACCCGGGAUGGAGUAUUGGCGGCAGGGCAGCUCUACGAAAGCUGCUGUGGGAGUGCUGCCCUCCACAGCAAGCAAGGGGCUGCCCUGCCCAGACCACAGCAAGAGGAGGAAGAGCUC